AUUUAAAAAAAAAUAUUUAUGAUGAAUGAUUUUUUACAUGAAAUUUUAAAAUCAUUAAUUACAAAUUGGAAGCAAUAAAUGACAAGAAAUUCAUAUCAUUAGCACCACUGCUUUUAUUGAAUUUAAAUACAGAGUGACGGUUAAUACAACCUACAAUUGUAAAUCUUGCGUGGAGGGGAAAAUUUUGGAGAGUUUUUAACACAAUUUAAAAGUUUCUCUUGGUAGCCUGUCCCCUUCUUCAUGGCAGAGAGAGAGAGAGAGAGAUGGACUAGAACAUCUGCGUUGGGUGGAAUCGGACUGCCUAUAUAAUUGUAAGAACUCAGAAACGUUGACCCACACACAAUCACAAUUCGUUCUGGGGUCUCUAUCAACAGGCCAGCCCUGGUGAUUUGAACUUGGAUAAGACAGCUCACCCCUACCACCCUCCCUGCCAUCAUACAAUUUCACUCUUCACUCUCACCCUCUCCCUCUGUCUCUCUCUGCACUGUUGUGUUUUCUUGCAACCACCCCAAAACGCAGGAGGCAAGAAUGAGGUCAGAGACGUAAGCUCGGUCGCAGUCGCAGCUCACAAAAUCACAAAUCUCAAUUCAUUUCUGAGAAGCGGCAGCGAAGCAAGGUCCUUCGCCCCAAGGGCCAGCCCCCCCCCCCCCCUAGCCUACCCAUCACACUCUGUUCUAAUUUCAAUCACUGGACUGCUCUGCUGUGGUCUGCGCAACUGCGAGCGCCGAAUGAGGCUGGCUUUGGAUAGGGUUACGGAAAUAUGUGAGAUUUGUCAGAGCAGUCCAUUCUCUGAAUCUCUCCUACUUUUCCCAUCAAACAGCACUGCAGGCUUCGCCAAUUUUGAUCAGAGUAGAAUUUUAUUAUUAUUUUUGCCUUCAAUAAUUAUGUGGCUGUUCGGGAAAAUGAUUCGUUUCCAGCUGUGAACUAUAGCAGGAAACAUGGUUUGAUGACGAUUGGGUUCUGGGUCAGCUCACCUCACUGCCUCCAAAAUGCCUCCUUGGUUUAUCGUGUUUCUGUGGAGGUCUGGAUAUAUCUGCGCAACCCACCUUUCAUACUUCAAUCAACACUCUCAGAUGUUGCAGGUGCACCAGUGGAGGCCUUCCUCGAAAUCUGUGAGCUUUGAAAGGUAUAAUCUUGGCCUUUCUGUUCUGCUUAUUUUGUCAUCGUUAGUUCUUGGGAUUGGGCCGAGGAGACUCUGUUUUUGAGAAAAUUGUGAAAGCCCUCUGCUUGUUUUGGAGGUAAUAGAAACACAGCCAAGGUAGAUUCCUGACUCCCGAGAAAAAAAAAAUUUACAAAAGAAGUAGAAGAGUACCCAUUUUUUCUUUCAUCUAUAUAAGUAAUAGGAAGUGGCUGUGUGGUUGAAGGCUUAAAGCUUUUCUUUUGGGUCUUUUGCUUGAACACGCAUUUGGGUUUUGGGGGUUUUGGAGCAAUCGACCAUGGCAAAUAGGUAUGCUGUGAUUGAUGAGGAUUUUGAAGAAUCAGAUGUUUGGGCUGCUGUAAAGAAUGAGAGAGAAGAUCCAAGUUCCAAGAUCAUGAGGAAUUUCAAAGACUAUUUUGGGUCAUCAUCAUCAUCAUCUUCUUCUUCUGCAUGGACAAAACCCACUGCUCCAAGAAAGGUCCCCAGAGCUAACAAUCCAAGUAGUCAUGGAGCCAAGGUGGUUCAGCAAUCAUCAGUUCCAGUGGAGAUACCUGACUGGUCAAAGAUUUAUGGGAAAAAAUCUUCGAAGGGCUCCAGGGAUGGUUCUCACUCUCUUGAAGGGGGUGAAACCAGUGACUGUGUUGCUUAUCAUGAUGACGAGGAUGAUGAUGAUGGUGGUGAGGAUGAAGAAAUGGUCCCCCCACAUGAAUGGAUUGCCAGGAAGCUGGCAAGGAAUCAGAUUUCUUCGUUCUCUGUGUGUGAAGGGGUUGGAAGGACACUAAAAGGAAGAGACCUUCGCAAAGUGAGGAAUGCCAUUUUAACUAAGACUGGUUUCCUGGAAUAAUGUUUCCUUCAUCUUCACAGCACAACCAGCCUUCUGCAGCCACCACCACCAUCAUCAGCACCAUCAUCAUCUUCAUCAAAAUCAGACCAUUAGUCAUCAUUGUCUCGCAUGGGUCCCAUGUAAACCUUUAUUCUUAUUACUUUAUUAUUAGUUAACAGCAUCUUUGGGAGUGGGUCGAGACUGCCUUUUUUGUCUUAUUUUUUGGCUGCAAUGGCAGUCGAGAUUUUGUCUGGAAAGAUUUUGGUUUUGGUAAUGAAAUGGCCAUGCUUGAGGUUAUAUGAAAAGGGUUUAGUUGA